UUCUUCAACGGCCACUUCUCCUUCACAACCCUCGGCGUCAGCCUUGAUGAAAGCUACACAAACAUGAAGUCUGGGGUGUACACGUUCCGGGCGCACGGCACCAUCUACCACAACGUUCAUUCCUUCGGGCCAACAUCACGUCCAGAUCAUCUACAAUUGUACUUCUACGACGACGAUCCAGGCCUAACCCAUCGCAAGGCUGCCACCGAGCAAUUAGACCAAGAUGUCGUCAAAAAGUUAGUGGACAUACUCAGGGAAAACCUGUACUCCCAGCAGUUUAGGAGUUUGGGUGCGCACAGGGACAACCUCGACGAUUACAGGAUAGACCUCAACACUGACCAGAGACUAGACCAACGGAAGUAUAAUAGACCUCUGUCAUCGGAGGUCGCUGCAAUUUGGGUGGAGGGCACUGACCUAGCAAAGAGGUUCGAUCGUAGGAUUACACUUUGCGGGAAUGACAACCAGAGGCACAGUAUACAUGUGACGGCUGGCUCGUAUGACCCUCUCUCUUACCCACUCUUCUACCCAAGGGGGGAGCUCGGUUGGCACCCGAAACUUCCUAAACGUGAUGUCCCUUGGCCGGUUGUGCAACAACCAAGAGGUAGAGGUGAUGAUGAUGAUGAUGAGGAUGCAGGUAAGCCUUAUGCAUAUUCUGUCGUUUAGAUGAAUUGUAUACUUCUCAUAUGAAUCCUAAUGUCUGCGUUACUCAUCCAUGUGCAGAGGGGAAUAGCAGGUUAUGCGUCUCGGUGAGAGACUACUACUGUUACAUGCUCCAGACACGACCUGGGAUAUUCAAUCCCAUACUCUGUGGAGCACGAUUGCUCCAGCAAUGGGGGGUGGACAUGUACAUCAAGAUUGAGAGUUGUAGGUUGAAAUGGUACAGGAAGAACCAAACAAAGAUCCGUGCCGACCUGUAUAAAGGAGUUGUUGAUGCAAUUACAUCCGGGGAGACCCGGGCAAGCGCUGUUGGAGUAAGGAUAGUGCUACCUGGAACGUACCCAGGUGGCGACCGCGACAUGAAGCGGAGGCAUAUGGAUGCCAUGGCAAUUGUCCAUACUUACGGGAAGCCUGACAUCUUCUUGACCAUGACCUGCAACCCUAACUGGGAAGAGAUAACGAAUGAGUUGUUUCCUGGUCAGACAG